GGUGGCACGACAGAGGAGGAGGAGAUUUUUCCCCCUUCACUCCUUUUGGACUUGAAGUCCAGACCUCAGAGCAAAAAGGUUUGGGCUGAAAAAAGGUAUUGAAGAUGAAGAAGCUUUUGGUGUUCCUGCUUUGCUUGGUUUUGACCAUCUCCACAGAUGGCAACCCCAUCAUCAAGGAAAGCUUUGCUAAGCAGCUUCUGCGCAGCAAGAGACAGGAAAGGCCAAGGACGGCGGGCCACCCAGAUGAACCCAUGAGGGAGCACAUGCUUCACAUGCAAGCUCUGGACCAGAGAGCGCAGGAGACCAACAUGGAGCACUGGCUCAACCCUCACUGCUACCCACGCUGUGACAGGAACUAUGGCUACCCUGUCUGACGAUCCAUGAACAUAAAG